GCUUUGCUGCUUCUCCAUCGGCGACUAGCUCCCCCUGAGGAGCAGCACCUGGUGGAGGCCGCCAAGCUUCUUGUUCUCCUUAAUCUGUCCCUUGUGUAUCUGAAGUUAGACCGCCCAGCGGCUGCCUUGCGCUUUGGACAGCAGGCUCUGAUCAUUGACCAAAGGAAUGCCAAGGCCCUCUUCAGGUGUGGACAGGCUUGUCUCCUCUUGACUGAGUACCAACAGGCUCGGGACUUUCUGGUUCGAGCUCAGAAGGAGCAGCCCCUCAAUCAGGAUAUUAACAAUGAGCUUAGGAAGCUGGCCAG